CCAACACCCUCUAGACAAUCAGAGGACUGAACGGACGAUGGCAUCCUCAUCACAGCCCUUUUCCUCGGAAGAGGCUCCGGCGACCGCAGGACGCUUCAAUUUGGCAGAUGAACUGGUAGCCUGUCGCGAAGAGUCAGAGUAUCGCAUCCCAAACGAGGUCAACAUCUCGGAUCUAGACUCAGGCUUUGAGAGGACCCAGCUUCUCGACUCGCUCAUCGACAGCCUCAGUCUCUCCCCGUCCUCAAUAGAUUCAGACGACACGUUCGAUCUCGCUCGGUCGCUUUUGAAGUACUUUGCGUCGCUCAACGGCGUUCACAGGAGCAAGCUUGUUGACGCAUUCUCCUCGGCAUAUUCGAUCCAGCUCGAUGCAGCGACAAGGGAUCUGGAACUGGAUGGCAUCGAGCGGUACAAAGAGCACGCCGAGACGCUCGAGAAGUACGCCUUUCUCCUCCAAUGGCUUAUCCAUGCGGCCGAGAAGGCAUCCAACAGCAGAGAGGAACGUGCAGCAGCACAAGCGAACGGGACAGCAGGGGGGUCGGGAGCAGCAAAGGGGAGGAGGAAAACGACGAAGAAGGGAGCUAUGCCAAUGCUGACGACUGCUUCACCCAUCGAGGCCUCAAAGAACCUUGCCGGAUGGGACUGGCAGCAAUCAGCGCCGCAAAUCCUCAGCCUUCUCCUCAAAUCGCUUCGCCUGUCCACCUCCAUUCUCUUCCCCCUCUCGGCGUCGAGAGAUGCUUUCGUUUCAGGCUGUGUCCUGCGCCCGUGUCUGCUGCUCCAGGAGAAUGAGGCUCAUCUCAAAGUGCAGAGCAUCAAGCUCGGCAUCUUCAAGGUCAUCUCGUCGGCCGUCAAGAACCACGGUCAGGCGUUCGCUGUUCAAACUAGUAUCAUGCAGGCCUUGGCCUAUUACGAGCACCUUGCUGAGCCCAUGGCUGAGCUUCUCACGCUCCUAAGGAUCGAAUUCGACUACGAGAGGCUAGGUGACGAUGUGCUGAGGGAGGUUGCGGUGCGCGAAUUUGGAGGACUCGACACGAAAAGCCCCCGAAGCUUCGCUCGCUUCCUAGUUCGCAUGGGAGAAUUGAGUCCCAGGAGCGUGCUGAGAACCAUCAGCCUGCUUCUCAAGCACCUGGACAGCGAGUCAUACCCGAUGCGAAACGCCAUGCUCGAAAUCCUCGGCAUCCUCAUCAGGGAGCUCACUACCACGGACGAUGCUUUGCCUGGCGCAGAAGCCGGCAGCCUUGACGAUGACGAUGGCCGCCACGGGCCAUCAGCAGCUACAGCUGCCAAUGGCGCAGGAGGCAACGAUGGCAACGCCGAUGAACAGCGAGGGAGCACCGAGGCGAGAAAGAGACAGGUCGAGCAAUUUUGGUCCCUCAUCAUGGAGAGGUUCCUGGACCUGAACAGCUACGUGAGGUGCAAGUGCAUCUCCGUGUGCUCCAAGCUGUGCGAGCUUCCUGCCAAGUUUCCAAGUCAACGAAAUCAGCUGGUGGAACUCAGCAUUCAAGCGUUAGGCGACAAGUCGUCAUCAGCGCGGAAGAACGCCAUCGCACUGAUCACCAAGCUCAUCUUGACGCAUCCCUUUGGCCUCAUGCACGGUGGCGAGCUCGACAGAGACGAGUGGAAUAAGCGUCUGGAGGCCGUCGACGACGAGCUCAAGGUCUUCGACGGCCUUCUGGAUGUGCCCAUGGAGGACGAGGAGGCACAGACCGAGGACGAAGACAAUGAUGGAGAAGACGAGGGAGAGGACGCCGACAAGACGCCCAGGAAAAAUAAGCCACGACGAAGUGUUGACUUACAAGCAUUGGCCGCACAGCAAUCCAAGCUGUCGCCUGUUGAAGCCGAGAAGCUUGUCCGGCUACGUCUGACCAGGCGAUAUUACGUGGAUGCGCUUACAUUCAUCGAACAGCUCGCAGCGGCAAUCCCCAUCCUAUCGCUCCUCCUCGUCUCGACCAACAAAGCCGAGGCGCUCGAGAGCAUGGAGUGCUUUAGAGUGGCGCACGAGUACAAGGUACCUGGAUCGGCGGCAGGCAUCAAGAAGAUGGUGCACCUCAUCUGGACGAAGGAUAACACUCUGGUCAUGGAAGAUGGUCAACAGCUCAAAGGAAUUCGAAGCCGGCUUAUCGAAGUCUAUCGGUCCCUCUACUUUGAACCAGUGGCCGACCUAUCACCUCGCGACAACGUGACCCGGAUCGCUCGCAACAUGAUUGAGCGAACAUUUGGAGCCACGUUGGCCGAACUGACUAGCUUGGAGGAGCUGUUCUCGACCAUGUGCACUGAAGGCUUUAUCCACGAUGACAUCGUCACCAAACUAUGGUCCGUCUACACCGCAAAGCAGCCCAUCCCGGCAUCGCAACGCCAAGGUGCCAUCAUUGUCCUCUCGAUGCUCGCGGUGGCAAAGAGGGAAAUUGCGGCCGAAAACAUCGACGAUUUGCUUCAGAUCGGAUUGGGUCGCCUGGGCGCAAAGGACAUCGUUCUGGCAAAGUACACCUGCAUUGCCCUCGGGCGCGUGGGAGGAAGCGUCAAGAAGGUCAAAGGCGCCCUUAGCGACGAGCAGCUGAGGUUCCCCAUGAAUCAUCGCAUGUUCAGCCGACUCUGUGGCGCCAUUCAGUGGCCGUCUAUGAGUGGAGAAUGGUUCAGUCUGGCAGAAAAUGCCAUCCAGACGAUCUACCUCUUGGGUGAACAACCAGACGCUCUCUGUGCUGACUUGAUCAAGACAAUGGCCGCCAAGCUCUUUGGGCCGUCAGGACCGAUGAUCAAAGCAGGUGGCGAGGCCGUCUCUGUGCCGCCUACUCCCGCUCCUGUCGCGACUCCGGCCACGCCUGGUUCUAUGGACCGGCAAGCUUUGGCAUUCUCUAUGGCACAGCUCGUUUUUGUGGUGGGUCACAUCGCCCUCAAGGAGAGCGUUUACCUCGAACUAGUCGAGCGAGAAUACAAGCGCAGAAAGGCAGUGGCAGACGAGGAGAAGCGCCUUCGUAAGAAAGACACCAAUCGGAAUGUGGCAGAUAAUGCCGACGGGGCCGAAGCAACGUCGAAGGGCAGCAAGGAGACAACCGCGGCGGCAGCUUCGAGGAAAGCAUCUGCAAGCAGAAAGGCCAAGGGAAGCAAGGAUAGUGACAAUAGCGGCGUGGGAGCAGACGAGCUAGACCAGGUGGCAGGCAAUGCAGAAGACGAGAUCGGCGAGGUCGUGGCUGAGGUUCGAGAGAAGGAGCUGCUCUUCGGAGAGAGAAGUCUAUUGGCAGUCUUUGGUCCUAUGAUCAGCCACAUUUGCUCAAAUCCAAAGUCUUAUCCGAAUGAGUUCCUGCGACGAGCCUCGGUGCUGUCGCUCUGCAAACUCAUGUGCGUCUCCUCGUCGUUUUGCGAGUCGAAUUUGCCUCUGGUCUUUUCGAUCUUGUCGACAUCGGAAGACCCAGUCGUACGAUCCAACAUCGUUAUCGGACUUGGAGACAUGGCCAUCUCCUUCGGCAAUCUCAUCGAUGAGAAUUCCGAAAAGCUCUAUGCAGGGCUGACGGACAAGGAUCUGGGCGUCAAGAAGCACACACUCAUGGUGCUCACCCAUCUGAUUCUCAACGGCAUGAUCAAAGUUAAAGGUCAAUUGGGCGAGAUGGCAAAGUGCCUCGAGGACGACGAUGAACGGGUGAGCGAUCUUGCCAAACUCUUCUUCACGGAGCUGGCCACCAAGGAGAACGCCGUAUACAACAAUCUGCCAGACAUUAUCAGCCACCUCAGCAUCGGCAAGCAUGCCGUCGACGAGGCAACGUUCGAGAAGAUCAUGCGGUUCGUUUUCACGUUCAUCGACAAGGAGAAACAGGCCGAGAACGUCGUUGAGAAGCUCUGUCAGAGGUUCCGGCUGACAUCGGAAGAGCGACAAUGGAGAGAUAUUGCUUACUGCCUGUCGCUCCUCCCUUACAAAUCCGACCGAUCCGUCAAACGUCUGAUCGAGAACCUCGCCUUCUACCAAGACAAACUCCACGAUGCAACGGUUUUCAAACGGUUUUCGGAAAUUCUAGCCAAGGCGCGCGGAAACCGAGCGGCAGGUGGCGCUUCAGCAGCAGCCGCGGCCGCGGCCGCGGCUGUGGGUGGCGGCUCCUCGAACGAGAACGAGCUCCAGGAAUUCGAGCAGAUCCUCGAGCAAGCCCGCGCGCAUGGCGUCAACGACGUCGAACUGGAAUCGGCGGCGAAGGCCAAGCUGGAGAAGGCUCGGCAGCAAAGGAGGCGAAAGGCUAGCAGUCAGGCGGGUUAUAGGAGCACGAGCGGCUCUUCGACGGCAUCGACGGCCUCUUUGUCGGCGACGACGAGAAGUACGAGAAAGAAUGGGAGGAGAGGUGCGAGCAUCGCGCCUAUCGAGGAGUAGUUCAUAUUUUGCAUCUCUACUGCUGUCGUGGUUGUAAUAUGUACUGGUACAUUUUCGUCUAUUUAAUGCGGUCCUUCGCCCC